GACAAGUGGGGUGAGCAUGACAAAAGGAAAAAAUAUAUGACAAUGACACGUCCAAAGUGACCGUGAAAAUAUAGGUUAGGAACAUAGUGCAAGUGUUUAAAAUUUUGUAUUAUUUAUAAUAAGCAAUAAUUGAUUAGAAAACAAAAAAAUGAGUGCCUGCAGACCAUUGAAACGAGUUACACAUGUAAUAUUCGAUAUGGAUGGUGUACUAUUAGAUACUGAAAUAUUAUAUACAAAAGCCACACAAAAUAUCCUAGAUAAAUAUGAAAAAACAUUUACAUGGGAAGUUAAAACUCAAAUGAUGGGUUUACACGGUUCUGAAAUGGCUAAAAGAAUCGUCGACGUUUAUGAAUUGCCUUUAACUCCUGAGGAAUAUUACAGUCAAGCAAUGGAACAAUAUAAAAUCAUCAUGCCUCAAUGUCAAUUAAUGCCAGGUGCUUUUAAAUUGGUAAAACACCUUCAUUCAAAUAAUAUUCCAAUUGCAGUAGCUACCUCAUCAUCUCAGGAAAGUUUUGAUCUAAAAACCCAAAAUCACAAAGAUUUUUUUUCACUAUUUAGUCAUAUUGUUUGUGGUGGUAGUGAUCCUGAUGUCAAGGCAGGAAAACCAGCUCCUGAUAUAUUUUUAACUUGUGCGAAAAGAUUUUCAGAUCCGCCCCAUCCAGAAAAGUGUUUAGUAUUUGAGGACGCUCCGAAUGGAAUUCUAGCAGCUCUGGCUGCUGGUAUGCAAGCUGUGAUGAUUCCAGAUGCAAAUGUAGCUCCAGAACUUAGGAAAAAUGCACACGUCGUUAUAGACAGAUUAGACAAUGCUCCCUUAGAACUAUUUGGUUUACCAAGUAUCAAAGGUUGUUAAAUUUUAUUAGUAAAAAAAGUUGAUAUAAAAUUUUCCGAUUUAUUAAUUUGUAUGAUUUACCAACGGCACAAACAUUUUAGAUCCAAAAUAAAUAUUUGAAAAAACAAA